GCCUCACCAGCCAGUCAGCCACCAUCAGCCAAACGGCACCCGCGCGACGUGUCGGCGUACAGGCGUCUCGCCGCGAGUCCUCGGCAGCCGCACGACUCACGGGGUGGGCUCAGCUUCACCGGGCGGUGAACGGCCCGCGUCGUCCGCGCCACUCGCUGUCAGCAGAGCAGAUCACAUGGACCAUGCAGAGGAGCGGACUCAAGCAGUGCAACAGAAGGCACAGACAGAGGGAGUCAAGGAAGACAAUCAGAGCCCGCGCAGCCGUCGUGUACCAAAGCCAAAUACCAAGUACAUCGGUGCAGAGUGGCGCGUAUAGGUAUACGGAGUUAUACGUAUUGAUGAGGGCAGGUGUGCCGGUAUAAAUAAUAUUGUAAUCGUUUCUAAACUCAGUCUGGAACAUGUUAUUGCCGAGUCGGCAAGAAAGGAAUAGAUACCAGAGAAAUUCCUGGCGUGAACCACGGGUGUUGUUCACAUUUGGUACCAGAGCCAAUACUGGAUCCUCCACACGGGUACUGGACGAGAUCGCAAUCGAAGUUGGGCGGCAUGGCGCCAGCGAAGACGGACGAUCCUUUGUCCCAGCUUCUGGCGAAGAUCGAGGAGGGAAACAAGGAGACUCACCGACGCAUGGAGGCGAUUCAGGGGGCGGUGGGAAAUAUGGAGGCGGCGGUCAAGGUGGUGAUGACGGAGCACGGAGAUCUUCAGAAGUGGAAACCGGAGGUGGAAGCGAAAGUGACGGAGAUUUCUGAUGCUCUAAAGGCGAUCCAGAUCCAGAUGGGAAAGAUGGAGAAGAAGCCGCUCGGUUUCGGGUCGAGACAGGAAGAAGAAGGAGAAGACGGAUUUCUGAAGCCGCCACCAUCUGAUUCUUCGAAUUUGGAGUUUCGUCGUGAAGAAGGGCGGACCCAAUUCUCGCAUGGAGAUAUCUUUACUGGGUUGCAGGUGCCGGAGGAAGUUCUGGAGUCCAGGCUUCUUCGUAAAGGGGGUAAGGUGAUUUCGCAGUUGCUCAUUAAGUGGUCCAAUUGGCCGGUGUCACUGUCAACCUGGGAGGAUGAAGAGGCCAUUAAGCAGAAAUUUCCACAAGCACCAGCUUGGGGUCAAGCUGUCGUUAAAGAAGGGGGAAAUGUCAGCAGAGCAGAUCACAUGGACCAUGCAGAGGAGCGGACUCAAGCAGUGCAACAGAAGGCACAGACAGAGGGAGUCAAGGAAGACAAUCAGAGCCCGCGCAGCCGUCGUGUACCAAAGCCAAAUACCAAGUACAUCGGUGCAGAGUGGCGCGUAUAGGUAUACGGAGUUAUACGUAUUGAUGAGGGCAGGUGUGCCGGUAUAAAUAAUAUUGUAAUCGUUUCUAAACUCAGUCUGGAACAUGUUAUUGCCGAGUCGGCAAGAAAGGAAUAGAUACCAGAGAAAUUCCUGGCGUGAACCACGGGUGUUGUUCA